AUGUGUGACAUGGGGGGAUUGGAUAACCUGGUGGCCAACACGGCCUACCUGAAGGCCCAAGGUGGGGAUGACAAGGAGAUGAAAAAGCGCAGACGCAGCUUGUCUCUGCCCAAGACCGAUCAAUGUGUGGUGGUACGGACCGCCAUUGAAAAGGACUUCUCUCAACUGUGCGAGAGGCAGCCUAUCGGCAAGAAGCUCUUCAGACAGUACCUGUCGAGCAACCCCGAGUAUACCAAUGCCGCCAGCUUCUUCGAUGACAUGUAUGACUGGGACCUGGCCGAGGGGGCAGCCAAAGACAAGGCCCGUCAGAACAUCAUUAAGAAGUACUGCAAGGCGGACUCCAAGAACUUCCUCACCUUCCUGCCCCCCGAAUCACAAACCAAGUGCAAGGCUGUGACGGACAAGGACUUCGAUGAUGUGAUGAAAGGCAGCAUCCAAGACGCAGCAAGAGAGUUUCUAAAGGGGAAGCCUUUCACGGAUUACCAGACCACUCCGUUCUUUGACAAAUUCCUCCAAUGGAAAGAGUACGAGAAGCAGCCCAUCAGUGACAAAUACUUCUACGAGUUCAGAACCUUGGGAAAAGGAGGAUUCGGCGAGGUGUGUGCCGUACAGGUGAAGAACACAGGCCAGAUGUAUGCCUGCAAGAAAUUGUGCAAAAAACGUCUGAAGAAGAAAGGCGGUGAGAAGAUGGCCCUUUUGGAGAAGCAGAUUUUGGAGAAGGUUAACAGCCUGUUUCUAGUCAACUUGUCCUAUGCCUACGACAGCAAGACUCAUCUGUGCCUGGUCAUGACAUUGAUGAAUGGAGGAGAUCUCAAGUACCACAUUUACAACAUUGGCUACGAUGGCAAUGGUGUGGACAAGGGCAUCGAAAUGAAGCGCAUCAUCCACUACACGGCGCAGAUCACCACCGGCAUCCUCCAUCUGCACGAGAUGAACAUCGUGUAUCGAGACAUGAAGCCAGAGAAUGUGCUGCUUGACAGCUUUGGCCAGUGCCGACUCUCAGAUCUGGGUCUUGCCGUUGAGCUCCGCGAAGGAAAGACCAUCACCCAGAUGGCUGGAACCGGAGCCUACAUGGCCCCUGAGCUCCUGACCAAGACCCACUACAGGACCUCUGUGGACUGGUGGGCCCUGGGCUGCAGUAUCUACGAGAUGGUGGCCGGGUACACGCCGUUCAAAGGUCCCGAGAGCAAAAAGGAGAAGGUGGAGAAAGAGGAGGUGCAGCGCCGCAUUCAGAACGACGAGCCGCCGUGGGAGCACAAGUGCUUCGACGCGGUCACCAAGGACAUCAUCCAGCAGUUCCUCAAGAAGAAGAUCGAGGAGCGCCUGGGCGUCAAGAACAACCUGGAGGACCCCAGGAAGCAUGAAUGGUUUAAGCUGAUCAACUUCCCCCGUCUGGAGGCGGGGCUGGUGGAACCCCCAUGGGUCCCCAAGCCCAACGUGGUCUACGCCAAGGACACCGGCGACAUCGCCGAGUUCUCUGAGAUCAAGGGCAUUGAGUUUGACGGAAACGAUAACAAGUUCUUCAAUGAGUUUGGCACAGGGGCGGUUUCCAUCCCCUGGCAACAGGAAAUGAUUGAGACCGGACUGUUUGACGAGCUCAGCGACCCCAACAGGAAAGAGUCAUCGGCAGGUGGUGGCGGUGGCGAGGGCAAGUCCGGCACCUGCAUCAUGCUGUGA